AUGGAAGAAUAAUUGUCGCAGUAAUUCGAUUGUAUCAAAUUUAUUGAAUCCCAUCUACAAGGUACUUAAGACAUAGAUAUGCAAUUAACUGAUUUAUCUUUUCAACUACAAUUGUUGAAAUCUGACUCAGAGGAAUAAAUCAUUCAAGAAACAAAAGCAAUUUAUUAAAACCAAGACUAAAUCAUUCAAGAUACUUAAUAAUUAUUUAAAGAGCUGAUCGAUUACAAAGAUCUACAAGAUUAGUAUAUUAGUCAAACUUUGCCAUUUUUAGCAUAAGAUAACAAACUAUAUUAAAAAAUGGAUGAAUGCCUAAGAUACAAAAAAAAUAUUAGAGACAGUUUAGACAUGUUUGAAAUUGUGAUGCAAUUAGAUUAGAUAUAUGAUUAGUAUUAAAAGAUAAUUGAGGAUAACGAUAUUUAGUAAUUGUUGGACAAUAUCAAGAAUAAUAUUAGAAUUUUUAAAAUCCUAUUACAACUACCGAAAAUGAGUCCUAGAUAUGGACAAAUAGAGAAGAUUGUCAAUUUGGUUGAAUCAUAUUGCCAUUAAGAAUUAUUUACAUCUAAGCAAUCAUAACAAAAAUUAGAAAUUCUAGAUUUGCUUGAUAUUUCAUCUAGGGCAGCUAGCAUUUAUUUGUAAUAGAGACUAAAAGUCAUUGACCUUUCUUAAUUAACUUUAAAUGAUUUAUUGAGUACUUAAGAUGCAUAAGAAUUGGUUCAUCUUAUGAUUUCAAUCACAGAUAAUGAAUUACAAUAUUUGAGAAAUAUGAAUAAUUUUUAAUCGUUUUUCUUUGAAUUUUUGAAGUACUUGAUUUCAUAUUUUAAUAAAAACUUAUUUAAGCAGUAUUUCAACUUUGAAAACCAAUACAAUAGAAAUUUAGAAUUUCUAUAUGGUUAUUUAACAUACUACAACAUUUUGUAAUCGUAUUCUGAUAAAGGAUAUUUGCAACCCAAACAUUUUGAUUAGAUAUUAAAACUUGCAUUUGAGCCUUACAGUGCUAUAAUAAAGAUAAUAGUGAAAAAUGAAUGUUAAUUUCUUUAAGGAAAUAUAAAUUUCUAAAUAGAUUCCACAAAGUCAAUUAAUGAGAAAUUGGCAAGCUUUGAUUUCAAUAAAUAAGAUAUACUGGAAUAAUCAUUUAAAAGGUGUUAUGAUUUGAGUUUCUAAAUAGCUUUUGAAGAUUGGGUAUUUGAAUGUAUAAAAAUUUUGGAUAAUUUAUUAAUCAUUUUGAAUCAAAUUAUUGAUGAAAUACCUUUGGAUUAAUUUGGAUCAUACAUUUAAUCAAUUAUCAAUUAAUCUGAGAAUUAGCAAUUCAUCAAAGGAACCAAUUCAAAAUUUUAGAUGAAACAUAACAUUUCUUUGUUUGAGUUACUCAUAACUAAGCAUUAUGAAUUACAUAAUUUUAGAAUGAAUCAGCUGGUUGAAUUAGAUACUUUUAUUAGAAAAACGAUUGAAAAAAAUAUGGAAGAAGAAUUAUUGAGAUAGAUUUCUUAAAUUAUAAGGGAAAAAUUGUAAAUGAAUAGAAAUAAAGCCAUUUUAAAUCAAUAUAUGGAAACAUUAUCUUUGACAUCUGCACUUAGAUAAUUAAUUGAGGAAUGUGAAAAUAAACUCUCUAUUCAUAUACUUAGAUUGUUAUUGCAAGAUAGUUUAAAUUAAGAUCAGGAUUAUAUUCAUUCAUUUACCACAAAUUUAGAGUUAAUUGAAAACAUUUUUAAAUCUAUAAAAGCAAAUAAAAUCAAUUUUAAGGCUUGUGUGAAUUUGAAUUAGAAUGUUUCAUAUGAAGAAUUAGAGGAAAAAUCGAAAAAUAAUUAUUUUAGUCAACCAACUUGUUUUUGGGCAACAAUGCACAUUUUAGUAGAAACUAAAAUUAAAACCUUUUUAUGA